CUGUCCGUCGACGUGCUCGACGGCCUGCGAGACGCCCUUCCGGACGUGACGUGGCAGGACUGCGGCCCAGUAGUGUGGCCCGUGCGGUCGAUCAAGUCGGACGAGGAGGUGCGGCGUCUGCGGGAGUCGGUCAGGAUAUCGUGUCUCGGCAUCGAGGCGGGGUUCGAGGCGCUCCGAGAGGGCAUGUCCGAGCGGGAGCUCGUGAACGUGAUGUGCGCCAAGAUGUUCGAGGAGGGCGGCAGCGAGAUCAAGUUCACCUCGCUGUACGCGGGCCUGACCGCGCGCUGUGGGCCGACGCGACGCCACGCCGCGAGAUGA